AAGGACUUGCAUGUUGCAUUACUUAAUUUUGUUUGCGAUUGUGUUGCGUUUGGGAUGUAAGCGGCAGAUGUAAAAGAGUCGAAUAAAAUGGAAUUUAUAAUCGAUACAAAGGGCCAGACCGAACUCAAAGGGAAAGAUAAGCUUAUAGAGGACGACGAUGACGAUGAUGUGGAAAUUGAAGAAAUUGGUCUUGAUGUAACAAAGAUCAUAAAUAGAGAUGGCGCAGUCACGAAAAAGAAGGUAAAACGGGAUUACAACGAUAUUGACCUUGGUGAAUUUGAACGUGACAUGGGAUGGAAAAGAAACAGGCAUAAAAAAGCAUCUAUCGAUAAAGAUGUGAAGAUGAUAGUGAACGAGGUAGCGCCUAUUGAAAAGGCUCUUAAGAAAUCGGUCGUGAAGCCUGGUUUCGAACGUUUGAAACGAGUACCUGGAUACGACACCAGCGAUCAGAAGCUGAAGGCCACGAGGAAAGGGCAACGAAGCAGAACGAAGGGCAAGGAUUGGUUCAACCUUCCGGCAACUGAAAUGACAGCCGAAGUUCGACACGAUCUUGAAAUUAUUAGAAUGAGAUCGGUGUUAGAUCCAAAACACUUUUAUAAGAAAAACGAUAUGAAGGUUUUACCAAAAUAUUUCCAUAUUGGAAAAGUUGUGGAUACGCCAUUGGAUUACUACAGCGGACGCUUAACAAAGAAGGAGCGUAAGCGAACGAUUGUCGACGAGCUUAUGGCCGAUGCACAAUUUGCCAAAUACAAUAAACGAAAAUACAAGGAAAUUAUCGAUGAAAAGCGCAAGCGACAAUACAAAGCUUACAGACAUGCAAAAAAAUUGAAGAGAAAAGGAAAGAGCAAAUAAAUGUAAAAUAUUGUUAAUAAACAAAGUCAU